CGUAUAUGUGAAUAUAUACAUAAAAUAUACACAUACACACGUCAGGGUGGUAUAAAUAGACCUGUUCCAGGACUCACCUCGCCUCACCGAUCAAAGGGGAAAAGCCAAACACACACACAUAUAGAGAGAGAGAGAGAGCUAGAGAGAGAUGGGAGACGUUGGGGAGGAGAGAAAUGGCGUUUGCGUUAGCGGCGGGAAAACGCGCGUUUUGGUGGUGGGAGGGACAGGGUAUAUAGGGAAGAGGAUCGUAAGGGCGUGUUUGGCUGAAGGGCACGAGACUUACGUUUUGCAGCGUCCAGAGAUUGGACUCGACAUAGAGAAAGUGCAAAUGCUUAUGUCUUUCAAGAAACUCGGCGCCAAACUCGUGGAGGGUUCGUUCUCCGACCACCGGAGUCUUGUCUCCGCCGUGAAACUCGCCGACGUCGUCAUAUCCGCCAUGUCCGGCGUCCACUUCCGUUCUCACAACAUUCUCUUGCAGUUAAAGCUCAUCGACGCAAUCAAAGAGGCCGGUAACGUCAAGAGAUUUUUACCGUCGGAAUAUGGAAUGGAUCCAUCGCGGAUGGGGAAAGCCCUGCCGCCGGGAAGAGAGACAUUCGACGAGAAAAUGGAGGUGAGAAAGGCCAUAGAGGCUGCCGGAAUCCCUCACACUUACGUUCUCGGUGCUUGCUUCGCCGCAUAUUUCGCCGGAAAUCUCUCCCAGAUGGAAACCUUAAUCCCUCCGAAGGAAACAGUCAAUAUCUAUGGAGAUGGGAAUGUGAAAGUGGUGUUCGUGGACGAGGAUGACAUGGCGAGAUACAUAGCGAAAACGGUGAACGAUCCACGAACGGUGAACAAGACGGUGUACGUAAGGCCUCCGGACAACGUUCUAACGCACAUGGAACUGGUCGGAAUAUGGGAGAAGCUGAGCGGAAAGGAACUACACAAGACUCAUGUCCAUGCUCAGGACUUUCUUUCCAACAUGAAAUAUAUGGAGAAAGCAGAGCAAGCAGGGAUAGGGCAUUUCUAUCACAUAUAUUACGAAGGAUGUCUGACGGAUUACGAGGUGGGAGAAGACGAAGAAGCUUCUAAACUCUACCCUCAAGUGAAGUACACUCGCAUGGAUCACUACCUGAGAAUCUUCCUCUAAUAUAUAUAUAUAUAUUACCUUCUCUGUUUUUUUUUUAAAAAAAAUAAAUUCUUAUUCUGGUGAUGUGUUGUUUUGUUUGGUUGACCAAUGUAUAAUUUUACUCCAAUUGAAUAAAACUUCUGAUGGGGAUGACACUCGAGGAAUUAUGAUU